AUGAAACAAAUGAUACAAUCGUCAGCAAUGAUGUACGAUCAGAAACAUUCAUUGAACAAUCCUGUCCUGAUGAUCUAUUACAUGCAAGUUCCUCAACUUCAAACAAUCUCACCAACAUUUGCUCAAGCCAGAUGCUACUACUCUAAAUACACAAAACGAGCCAUCCGCAUAAUUGUAGAUGAAACACAAGAUCUUGCUAGACACGAACAAGUGUCAGUAUGUGUAAGAUAUGUUUCGAAAACAUUGGAACCUCAUGAAGUAUUUUUAGGAUUUUAUCGAACAGCAUCAACAGAUGGAGAGUCAUUAACUACUUUAAUAAAAGAAGUAAUCUUAUCAAAUGGUUUGAGUAUUAACAACAUAAGAGGCCAAUGUUAUGAUGGCGCUGCAUCAAUGCGUGGCUCUUACAGUGGGGUCCAGGCAAGAAUUCGUGAUGAAAAUAAACUAGCUGUAUACGUUCAUUGUUACGCUCAUAUUCUUAACCUAUGUCUUGUAGAUCUUUCUAAAGUAAUACCUCAUGUGAGAAACACAUUUGGUACUCUUCAAUCAUUGUAUUCAUUUAUAGGUGCUUCAUCAAAACGAUACAGUAUUUUUGAACAAAUAAUGUUAGAAACAUCUUCUAAUGGAAAAAAUAAAUUAAAAUCCUUAAGUGACACACGGUGGAAUUGCCGCAUAAAAUCAAUAAAAGCAGUUAUUAAAACAUUGCCAGUUAUACUAAAAACAUUAGAAACAAUUUCAGAAAAUGACUCUUUACAUGGAUCAGAUGCUAGUAGUUUAUUGAAUAAUAUUCAGACAUUUCAGUUUGUAUUUUGUUUGUACACUUUAAAUAAAAUAAUGGAACAAACUAAUAUACUUUCAAAGUAUUUACAAUCUCCAUCGAUAAAUUAUGCCACAGUCAAUAUUAUGUCACAGAAAAUUAUUGAUGAAUUAAAUGAGUAUCGCUCUGAAAAUGCAUUUAAUGAAAUUUGGAAGGUCACGCAAGUCAAUAGUUAUGAUUUCCUAUCACCUAAGAUGCCUCGCAAAAGAAGUUUACCAGUUAAAAAAAUUGGUGGUGGUUCAAUUCAUCCAGAGUUUACAGAUGUCAAGGAUUUUUAUAGAAUAGAAAUGUAUUAUUUAAUUCUUGACACAAUCACACAAGCAAUAAAAGACAAAAUGUUUAUCAGUUUGAAAAAAGAAGUUAACUUUGAAAAUAAAUUAGCAUAUAUAAAAAAAGUUGAAGUUGGGAGUGGUUUCCCUAUAUUAGUAGAUGUAUUUAAAUUAUUUUUGACUAUACCAAUGAACAGUGCAUCGUGCGAAAGAAGCUUUUCGUGCUUAAGAAGAUUAAAAAAUUACUUAAGAACAACCAUGGGCCAAACAAGAUUAAGUGACUUAGGUUUAUUAUAUAUACAUAAAGAUAAAGAAGUAAAUAAAGAUGCAGUUAUCGACGAAUUUUGUGCUGACAACAAACGUCGAAUUAAUUUAAAAUAA